AUGCGUAAAUCGGACGCCAUCUAUGCCUUCUACGAGUUAAACGAACGAUUUGCAACUGCUAUACGAUUCUUUGUAGGUGAUUCGUUGGAUUUAAGAAAUGUUUCACCUGCUGUUACGAUUUAUGUUCUCAAUCAAUUCGGUUCAAAAAUUCAUCACUUGGCCUUAGGUGAUCAAUCGUUUGAUAUUUCGACUGGUCAAGAUUAUUUGACAAAAUACUGGGUGAAUUUAGAGACACUCAAUAUUUUCUGUACGACAACUCACCAUGAUAUUCGCGAUUACUUGGCAUUUAUACAUCGAAAACUUGAAUCAUUCGCAGUUGCAUUCAGAUAUGGAAAAUAUUACUGUUCAACUGACAGAAUUUCAUAUUAUCUACCACCACAAAUACAACCAAAAUUCACUUAUCAUGAAUUAGUGUUACAUAUAGCAAGUGAUGAAGAUGCGAAUUUAAGUAGACUUCAAUGGCAUGAACAAAGUGUGGAAAUGAUCGACGGACUCUAUCAAAUCGAGAAUCUAUUUGGACAUAAAUUCUUAAUAUAUCGAAAACAAGAUAGUCGAAUUUACCUUGGUGAUGAUGAACCACUUGAACAACGUAUCUUUCGUCUCGAACAUGUUCGAUAUCGUGAAUAUCGUUUAAGACAUCAUCAAUCAAAUAAAAUUCUAAAUAUUUAUCAACAUUCAUUAAAUAACGAAGCACCACUUGUAACUGAUUCUCAAACUGAUCAGACAUUCACAUUUCAAUAUGUUAAUGAUUCUAAUAAAGAUUAUUAUAUUUGGCCUGCUCAUCAGCCACCAACACAUCGAAGAAAAGUUCUUGACAUUCACAAUGAUCCUUAUGGUCAUGCUAGACAAAAUGGAGCACAAGUUCAAUCGUACGAUUUUCACGGUGGACUCAAUCAACGUUUUCGUUUACAUGCAAUCAAUCAAAACAUUACUCAGCUAGCCAAUAAAGUGUUCCAAGUUAAUCUAUGUGAUACUUGA